ACUGAUAUUCCACCAUGAAGUUCGUCGUAUUUUUGGCUAUCUCUUUGGCUUUGGUGGCUUGUUCGGUGCAGGCUCAGCCCGUUCCUGAAGAGGACCAGAAUCCAGCGGAUCAUCCUCUGGUUAAUCAGGAUGUCCACGAGGAGAUGCAGCACAGUCGCCAGAAGCGGGCCACCUGCGAUCUUCUGUCGAAGUGGAACUGGAACCACACCGCCUGUGCCGCCCACUGUAUUGCCAAGCGAUUCAAAGGAGGCUACUGCAGCGACAAGGCCGUCUGCGUGUGCCGUAAUUGAUUUAGUUUGGAUCAAUAUAUCUAAUAUCCCUUACACUCUAAAGAUAUAAACAUUAGGUUAUUAAAAUUUUUAAAUGUUUUAGAAAAUGUAAACAAAACCGAUUUGACUAAGCAAAAAUUGAACUUGAACAUAAAUAAAAGUUUUCAAUAAAAAUAAACCUUAAA